AUGCACUUUGGCAACUGGUUCACCAUGGCUGACAAUUGUGCUGCUGAGAACAAGAAUGUCUUCAUGCUUGCCUUCCUCAGUCUCCUGGUCAGCCUUGAUAUGUUCCAAGAGGUCUACCUGAGCUUUCUGUUGGUUGGGCAUACACAUGAAGACAUUGACCAGCUCUUCUCCACUGCUCAGACAAAGUUCCAUACCUCUUCCAUUCACACCCCAAGGUAA